AUGUCUCCAAAUGGAACAUCCUCAUCCUCAAUCUGUUGUUGUUCUCGAUAUUUCCGAAGGUCAUCCACUCAACCACCACCUACAAAUCAACAGAACAAUGCACACCUAGAACCAAUUGAAAUUAAAGUCAACGGUCAACCUCAUCUGAUGGUUCCCCACGUGGCAAUUCGGCCAACUCCUUCUGUUCAAAGUAUUCCACUUCCACUGGCACCUGACAAUCUUUCGGAAAUCAAUUUAGAAUUAUUCGAGACUGCAAGGACUUCGAGGACUAAUGAUAGCAAACUCCACCCAAUGGGCGAACUAAUUCGAAUGAUUCGAAUUGAAGAGGGACUGGAAGUGACGCCACGUGUUGAGUCUACAAUUCAACCAAGUACAUCAUCCAAACUCCAUCAACAUCUCCAACAUCCAAAUCCAAUGCCAACAAUUCCAGAAGUUCCGAAGAAUACGAAGCCAAGAAAAGCAGUAUUCAAUGAUGAAGGUGAUAUAACAACUAGAAGUUCCACUAGCCAACAAAAAGAUAUUGCACCGCCCGUCUUUAGCAUAACAAACGCCCGAAAAGUGUCAUCUGAAAGUAUUGGUGUCCCAAUCAUCACCAUUCCAUCAACCUCUUCUCCACCAUCUCGUGCCAUAAUCAGAUCCUCUCCAAUCUCUCGUCGAAUCUCCGCAACUCCACAGAUGAUAACUGCUCUUGUCGCCUAUACUUAUGCAUUUAUCACAACUAUGCUCACUACUUUCACUAAUAUUUUUUCAAAGUGA